AUGGCUUUGCAGAAUAUAGGCGCUGGCAACAGUGAUGAUGCCUUCUACAGGUAUAAGAUGCCCAGGAUGAUUACCAAGAUAGAGGGCCGUGGGAAUGGCAUCAAGACAAAUGUGGUGAACAUGGUUGAUAUUGCCAAAGCAUUAGCAAGGCCCCCAUCCUAUACAACAAAAUUUUUUGGAAAUGAGCUUGGGGCUCAGUCGAAAUUUGAUGAGAAAACUGGAACUGCCCUUGUCAAUGGAGCUCAUGAAACUCCCAAACUUGCUGGUCUUCUUGAGAACUUUAUUAAGAAAUAUGUUCAGUGCUAUGGUUGUGGCAACCCUGAAACAGAGGUCUUAAUAACCAAAAAUCAGAUGAUCCAACUAAAAUGUGCUGCAUGUGGUUUCAUUUCUAAUGUGGACAUGAGGGACAAGCUGACAACAUUUAUACUUAAGAACCCGCCUGAGGCGAAGAAGGGCUCCAAGGACAAGAAAGCUAUGAGAAGAGCUGAGAAGGAGCGGCUGAAGGAAGGUGAGGCUGCUGAUGAAGAGCUGAAGAAGCUGAAGAAAGAAACAAAGAAAAAGGUUUCCUCCAAAGAUGCUAGCACAAAAACUAGCUCUAAAAAGAAACAUGGUGGUUCUGAUGAGGAGCGUGCCUCACCACCUAGGAGCCAUGUUAAUGUGAAAGAAGAGGAUGAGGAAGACGAUGAUGAUGACAUCCAGUGGCAGACUGAUACAUCGCUAGAAGCUGCUCAGCAGCGUAUACAAGAACAGCUAAAUGCUGCGACUGCUGAAAUGGUUAUGCUGUCCACAGUUGAGUCAGAGAAGAAGAAGUCAAAGGCAGCUACUCAAUCCCCAAGUCCUAAAGCUGCUACUCCUGUGACACCUGGGAAUUCCAAGACCGAGAAUGGAGAGACAAACCAUGAGAGGCUCGUUAGGGAAGUGAAAGCAAAUCUAAAAAAGGGAGUUACUUCCAGCAAAUUACAAUCCUUUUUGGGUUCACUGUCUGGGUCUCCUCAGGAAGUUAUUACUGCUUUGUACGAGGCACUCUUGGAUGGCAUUGAAAAGGGAUUUGCCAAGGAGGUUCUUAAGAAGAAAAGCUACCUUGCUGCUGUUGCUCAAGACGAGGAGUCUCAACUACGAUUGCUUAGAGCUAUAGAAGCUUUUUGUGGGAAGUCUAACUCAGUUGCACUGAAGGAAGUGGCUCUGGUUUUGAAAGCUUUGUAUGAUGCGGAUUUGUUGGAAGAGGAAUAUAUAGUACAGUGGUACAACAAGGGUGUUGCUGCGAACAAGGACUCGAAAAUUUGGAAGAAUGUCAAACCAUUUGUUGAAUGGCUACAAAGUGCUGAGUCGGAGUCCGAGGAGGAAUAAGUUCAGAAGUGUUUCCCCCUCUUCAGAUUGCUGUCUGGUUUGCUUUGCCUGAGAUACUGCCAUAUUGGAAAUUCAUAUGUUAUUUUAUGAUGUUUGUGUUGUAUGUCUGUUUGUCUUUGGUGUGGGCUCGUAUUAAGUUCCUUUUGCUAGACUCGUCGCCUUUAAAUGUCUUUACUUGAAUAAAAGUUCCCUUAUUUAUCGCA